UGAAAGGUGUCGCUCUCACGAUGAGGCUCGCGCUCUUUCCUCUGCAUCCACGCUCUUUCUGGACUCUAAAGGCUGAUUCUCAGGAUGCAACGACCAGGAAAAUCGCGUUUAUUCUCUGCAGAGCCGAUGUGAAACUUUAACGCGUUUAACACUCCCGCCUUCUUCACGAGAAUCGUCUUCUGCGCGAAACUUUCCGUGUUUUUUGAGAGAGGAUCUGUCGUCGAAAUGUCUCCUUCGUGUCCUCUCGUCGUUCUGCUUUCCUCAGUGAGUGUGUGCGUGCUGGGGCUCGGUUCUGAUCCGGUUCUUCUGGAGCAGAGGAACAGGUGUCACUCCAGACUCAAACAGCUUCAGGGCCAGCAGGUGACCGUUCACACACCGCCCAACAUCACCGGACACUGGGUGUCCGACAGCUGCGAGGUUCGUCCCGGGCCGGAGUUCCUGACCCGCUCGUACCGCUUCCUGCCGGACGGACGCUUCCAGGCGCUGCAGUUCUUCUACCAGGACCCCGGCUGCGGCGAGCCCCGCUCCAGUGUGCUGAUCCGGGGCCGGGUCCGGCCGCUGCGGGGCUCCUGGCUGGUCCGCGGGGGGACGGUCGGCGAGGUGAGCGUCAGCGGCGUCCAGCAGCGCUGUCUGAAGACGGCCUGCGAGCCGCCGGACCCCAGCAUGCAGGAGCUCACCCUCAUGCGUCUGGAGCUCGGGGCCGAGGAGCUGUUCCUGGGGGACGCUCGGAGGGGCCCGCAGCAGCCGGCGGGGUACCAGACCCCCCUGCGGAGCGCACAGGCCGAGCGCUGUGGAGUCUGUCAGCUGGUGUCUUCGGCGGACCUUCAUCAUCCUCCGGUGCUGCCGGCUCAGGCCGAGCGUCCGGUGCGUCUUCAGGGCAGCUGGGUCAGCACGCGCUGCGAGGUGCGUCCGGGCGUCCUCUUCCUCACCCGAAUGCUGACCUUCCAGGAGGACAGCCGGAGCUGGACGGGGCAGUACGAUCACUUCUCUGACCCCGUGUGCCGUCAGCCCACCUUCAGCAUCACGGCCGGCGGACACUACAGCCGAGGAGAUCCGUCCUCCGCCAUCGGGGGCGCCGUCGAGUUCACCUUCACCGUGACGCAGAUGGCGGUGACGCCCAUGGAUGUGGCCACCACGUCUCUGCUGAACGUGUUCCGGGGACGAGGCUGUGGCUCCGAGGGCUCGUGGCAGCGGGGCGUUCCUCAGGACGUGACGUCCACCUCGGGCUGCGCGGCGCUGGGCGUCCGUCUUCCUCACACAGAGUACGAGCUCUUCCGCGCCGGCCAGGACCCGUCCGGACACAGCCUGCUCUACAACGGUCAGAGACCGAGCGACGGCUCCAGUCCGGACCGGCCCGAGCGACGGCCCACCAGCUUCCAGUCGCCCCUGAUCCGCUGCGGCUCCGUGCCUCCGGGCGAGCGCCGCAGGGGCCGAGAGAGAGACCUGCCCUUCAGACUGAGCGCCGGCGGCGGGGCGAUCACGCCGGACACACUCGUCCUCGCGCUCGUCCUGCUGCACGCGCUCAUGUAGCUUCUCCUGACCCUGAACACACCCAGCUCCGAUCCCUGGAGUCAGAGAGCGAUGACCGCUCACUAACACGGCUACAGAAGCAACAACCCUGAUUCAGUGCAUCCUACAUGCCAAGAAACCAAUCAAGAUCCCAUCAGAGCUUAAGUGCUUCUACACCUUCGUUAUUCAACUAUUCUGCUUUGAUUCCACUCCUAAACCUACCCAGAAUACACCCCAAAAAUCAAAGGACGUUGAAGCACCUGACCCUGGUUCUGUUUUAAAAUUCAAUUGUCUGUAUUUAAUAGAUCUAAACUGAUUUAAAAACCGUGCUGGGAUCAGAGCGGACCGGUAUUAGACCAUAAUCAGUUCUGAAUAUCGUUGCUUGGUAUAUUGUUUCAAGGAUAUUGAUCCAGGAACAUGUUGUACUUGGUGAAAUCAACAUUAUUGUCCAGAAACAGACCUAACCCUAUCCCUGGUGUUUCUGGAUCAACAUCCAUUUUAAAAUCGAGAGAUAAGUUUAGCCUUUUAGCUUCUACGUCCUUGUUCCUCAACUAUCGUUCCCCUUUGGUUUUUGGGAUGAGCUAUUGAUGAGGGAUAGGUCUGCUUUGGGACAGUAAUGCUGAUCCAGGAAGAUGUUUUACUCAAAUCACAGCGUUGAUGUUCAGAGUCGGGGAACUUGCUUUUAAAAGUAAUUCUUUACAGUAUUGGGCUACUGCCUAAAAAAUUACUAAUUGAAUUACUUGCAUUGCUUUCCAUAAAGAGUGAGCGUUACGUCGACUUUUGUGUUACUUUUUAAAAGCGGGCAAAGCUUCCUCGUUUGUUUUUAAGAUAAAAAGUUCUAUUUCUGUCAAACAUAAAAGCCCUUUCUCACUGAACGUGAAAUGAAUACGCCUCGGAGUGAAGGGAAAUUAAGUUAACAUCUCUACAGUAAAACGCAGGCGAAGAAAAUUCUACUCUUAUCCAAUAAAAAAAAUGAAGCACAAAUGUUACAUAAAGUAAUUUUUGCUUAUUAGUAUGGUGUAAGGAUUAAGAACCGGAUCAUCAGAAGUCAGCAGCAAACUCACCGGUUAAUGGGAUUAUUUUAGAUCUACAGUAGAAUGGUGUUCACGUGUAAUGCCUGAUUUCUCUCAACAUGGCAACCCCAGAGCUGUUGGUCAAUGAGAGUUAAAUUCGAGAAAAACCAAGAACCUGGCGUGACUUCUUUGAAAGAGUAACCUGAUUCCGUAACGCUCGUUACUUCUAGCGCUUUCCCCCCCGACUCUGUUUAUGAAGCGGCCAAAGAAGCCAUUUAUCAACAAAGAAGUGAGUCUCGCAGGGAACCGUUAAAGAAGGUCGUGAAGGUCGUGACUCGUGCAUGCGCUCGGAUGUAGUUCCUGUUCAUCCUGUACAGCGUCACAUUCACUGGAGCUCAUCAUACAUCAUUCAGCAGCAUCUUCAUCACACUUCAGAUAAUACCACGCUCUCUAGAUUCAGAGCUGCUGAUUUCAUCCAGAACCACUGGAGUGUGCUUCACAGGACCUGAUUGAAAGCUUGUCUCGUGAUGCCCAAUAAAUCAACACAUCAACCAAAAUAAUAAACGAAAACAUUUUCAUUACUUGAAAUAAAUGUUAACUUAAAUAAAAAGACAUUUUAUUUUUGCGAUUAUUUCAUAAUUUAACUUGAAAAUUAUAUAGCAUUCUAAAAAUAUAACAAUGUUAAAAUUACAGUUUAUUUAGUGUAAAUGUUUUAAAUAAUGAGAACAGAAAAUAUAUAAAAAUCUAAUUUGCAAUUUUUUGAAAUAUUGUGAAAAGUCAUCGUUUAACCUGACGCAUUGGUAUAAAAAUUGUAUAGAUAUUACAAAAGCACAACAAAGUUAGCAUUAAUUCCUUUAAAAUGUUGAUUUAAAAUUAGAAUGAGAGCGAAACAUAUAGAUAAAAAUAUAACUUACAAUUUUGGAGAAGAAAAAAAAUGUGAAAAGUCAGUAUUUUAUUGUUUAUCUUGAUGGGCUUCAAUUGAAAAUGUAUACAGACUUCACAAAAACAUAAUAUUAAAUAUUUAUUUUACAUUUUAAUUUAAAAUUAGAACGAGAACAGAAAAUACACCUAUUAAUACAUAAAAAAAAGACAAAUUUCACUAAUCAAAAACUAUAAUAAUAUUUCAAUUAAGAGUUUUUUUAGUAUUUUCAAAACAUUUCUGGUCCUGGAUGAGACACACAUCACUUCAGAGACGGCCAAGAAGACGUUUAGUGUCUCUCUCACACACACACACACACGCUCUCACACACACACGCUCUCUCACACACACGCUCUCUCACACACACACACACACACACGCUUCUCACACACACACACACACACGCA